ACCGUACGCCCAAACUACAAGCUUGUAUAGUCCGAAUCCCGCAGCAAUGGGGUACUGUGCAGUGUUUCUACUGGCCUUGGCUAGCUUUGCUGUGGCGCAACAAGAGGAUAUAGAGUACAGGGUCACCGCCUUGGAGAGACUGGUGAGCUCCAUCACUGCAGACUUCCCGCAGUACUUUACACAAGACGGAACAUCCGACUAUUUGGAAGCAGCCGACAGUUGCUACAAGUGUGACGAAGAGGUGGCGAAGUUGCACGAAAGAAUCUCGAACCAAACCCGGGUCAUAUCUGAGCUGGAGAAGACAGUUGAGACUCUCAGACUCCGACUCGAGGACCUGACGGAUCGUGUCAAUGGAACAGAGAAUUUCAUUGCCAAUCCUGGCACGGCUUUCUACAACUACAUGGACGAGGUUGCGCAGGCGUCCUGUUCUGCCCUUGCUAGAACACCUCACUGGGUGUAGGCGGUGCCUAGAGACUGUCACCAUGGUGACGGGAUGACGUGUGACCAGGCCUGUGCCUCUGUGGGACAAAGUCUGCUAAGUGAAGUUGGGGGAGGAGACAUUCAAUGCUUUGAUGCCUUCUAUGUGGAUAAGACGGACCGUGGCUUGAGCACUUACCACUAUCUACAGGACGAGGGGUGUUCCUGGCGACCAGACCAUUGUGGUCCAAACUACUGCUGCUGUAGGAGAUCCGACUGAAAUACAAGAGCAUGCGACCCCCUUUCCACCUGACGACGAUCGUGCUGCAACCUUACUACGACCUAAAUCCCAUUUGUCUAACGUUUGACAUAAUUUCACAUAAUUUCACACAAAAGUUUGAGUCGAAACACAAGACAAAUAAGCAUAAAACAUUCAUUUUUUCUGAUAUUAAUUGCAUUCGUUGAACUUUCGGUCAGAUGACUCAGAUCUCUCUGUCACAGCAAGGUUACAUGCAACGAGGUAUGUCUGUCUAUCUACAACUUAAAGCAGUUGCUUGUCGUUCAGCAGUAAAAGAAACAGAGACGCGAAAUAGAAUCACACCGUUGACCGCUAAACCGUUGAUGCAGCGUUUUAUCUCAGUGGUAUCCAAUCUAGUUUUACAGCGCUGAUUUGUUGUAAAGUUUUCCGUGUUGUAACCUUUAGUGUUCUCCGGAGGAAUGUAACGAUGGGAACCAAUCAACUAGCUAAAUAAAACUUCUGCUGAUA